AUGUGCAUCGUAUUUGAAGAAUUAUCGGAUUCACGGGAGAUGUCACGAAUUCUUCGAUUUGAUAAACUGAAGGACGAGAGAAGCAUCGACUUGAAAAAAUUUCCCGCAGAAAACAUUCGUAACUUUAGCAUCAUUGCUCAUGUAGAUCAUGGUAAAAGUACUCUAGCAGAUAGACUUUUAGAACUCACCGGUGAAUAUCAAUUCCUUUGUAAUUCGGUCGCUCUCAUACAAUCAAUUGAUGUUUUCAUGUCUCCGUUAGAAACGAUAUCUCCAAAACGCGAUAAUCAGCAAGUUCUAGAUAAGUUAACUGUGGAAAGAGAAAGGGGUAUUACCGUGAAGGCACAGACAUGCUCCAUGUUUUACAAAUUUAACGAAAAACAAUAUUUACUUAACUUGAUUGACACGCCAGGUCAUGUCGACUUUAAUUAUGAAGUUUCGAGAUCGCUCGCUGCGUGUCAAGGCACGCUUCUUCUAGUAGAUGCCUCCCAGGGGAUACAAGCUCAAACGGCUGCAAACUUCUGGUUGGCGUUUAACCAAGACCUAACAAUUAUUCCCGUUAUUAACAAAAUAGACCUCGAAGCAGCAGACACUGAACGAGUAAUUAAUCAGAUAGAAAAUUCAUUUGAACUAGACACCAAAGACAUAUGUAGGAUAUCUGCAAAAUCAGGACUCAAUGUUGAAGAUAUUUUGCCAAUUGUGAUUGAGAAAAUUCCACCUCCCAGCGGAGACAUUAAUGGGCUAUUGAAAGCUUUUCUCUUCGACUCUUGGUAUGACACUUAUGUUGGGGUAAUUUGUUUAAUGGCAAUAGUUGAUGGAAAGCUACAAAAAGGUGAUAAGAUCGUUUCGGCACACUCAAACCUCAAGUACGAUGUAGCUGAUAUUGGAAUCAUGCAUCCUGAACGGUUUUCUACCGAAUACUUGCAUGCUGGUCAAGUGGGAUAUGUUAUACUCAAUAUGAAAAUAGCAUCUGAAGCUCAUAUAGGUGACACGUUCUAUCAUCACAAACAUCCGGUAGAUCCGUUACCAGGGUUUGAGCCAGCAAAACCGAUGGUAUUUGCCGGUAUUUUUCCUAUAGAUGCAAAUGAAUUUAACAGACUCGAUGAGUCAAUCACAAAGUUAACGUUAAAUGAUGCCAGUGUUUCAGUACAAAAAGAGACAAGCAUGGCAUUGGGUCAAGGUUGGCGCAUUGGAUUUCUGGGAACAUUACACAUGGAUGUAUUUCGGCAGAGGCUAGAAGAAGAAUAUGAUGCCAGUGUUAUUGUCACUCAACCAACUGUUCCCUAUAAAAUUGUUUAUCGCGAUGGGACGUCAAAAUUUGUCCGUAACCCUUCCGAGUUCCCGGAACAAAAUGAAAUGUCAAAUAAUGUCGUCCAACUGCAAGAGCCCAUGGUGAUGGCAACUAUCAUCGUGCCAAAUGAAUACUUGGGUAAUGUGAUGGACCUUUGUGGAGCACAUCGAGGGGAGCAGAUCGAAUAUAAUUCUCUGGAUGAAUUACGCGUGAUGAUGAGAUAUGCUCUCCCGCUUGCAGAGAUAGUGACAGAUUUUCACGACGAAUUGAAAUCGAGAUCGAGCGGCUACGCAAGUUUCGACUACGAAGACAUGGGAUAUCAAACAUCGGAUGUUGUUAAGAAGAUGAAUGUAUUGAUCAACAAGAAGCCGGUAGAUGCGUUAGCUGCCAUACUACACAGAUCUCAGGUAGCAACGGUUGGUCGAGAUUGGGCAAAGAAGUUGAGUGACGUUAUCCCAAAGCAGCUAUACGAGGUUGCGAUUCAAACUGCCAUCGGCGGAAAAAUUGUAGCGAGAGAAACAAUACCAGCAAUUAGGAAAAAUGUCACGGCAAAAUGUUACGGAGGAGAUGUAACACGUAAAAUGAAGCUGCUCGAAAAACAGAAAGAAGGAAAAAAGAAGAUGAAGAUGAUUGGCAAGAUGAAUUUAAUAAUGAAUGAAAUUGACGUUCAUUUGUUAGACUUUAAUUAA